GAGAGGACCAACGCCAGACUCUCGGAACCACGACUUUAUGCGAAGUUCAUGCCGUUGGUUUUGGAUGCUUUGAUGGUGUUGGCUUGGAUCCGCGCAUCCUCAUAGAAGGAAGAAGACCCAACCACCAUCUCCCUUGGACCUCGGCACCAUAGGAAAUUCCAGAUAAAUAUUCAGAAUUCUAGUUUUGCUAAGUCUGGAAUAGUUUCUAUCUCAACCGACCAUCUCACAUCAAUAUCUUCUGCACAAAGGCAUCAAUGCACUGGAAUACUAGGGACAUAAUAAUCGGCUUCGGCGCCGGGAUAACCGUUGCAAUCGUCAUUGAACGGCUCCGACAGCGAGGGUCCUCGAGGUCGACUUCAACUCGACAACCGACAUCAGUGGUACCCUCGUCCGUGUCGAAGCAUCUCCCACCACCAGGAAUCGGCAUUGAAUCCACCAUUGGUCACACCCCGCUUAUUAUCGUCAAGUCUCUGUCACAAGCCACGGGUUGCACCAUCUAUGCGAAAUGUGAAUUCUUGAACGGUGCCGGCAACAGCCCCAAAGACCGGGUCGCACAAUCGAUCAUCAAUGACGCUGAAUCUACUGGCCGUCUGACCCCAUAUUCCGGCGACACAAUCUAUGAAGGUACUGUGGGAUCUACUGGAAUCAGCCUUGCGACAUUAGCACGAGCAAGAGGCUACCAAGCCCACAUCUGCAUGCCGAGUGACCAGGCCCACGAGAAAUCUGACCUGCUGGCGAAGCUCGGUGCUGUGGUGGAAAGGGUGACUCCAGCUCCGAUUGUGGAUCAGUCUCACUUCGUCAACCGCGCCCGAAACCUGGCAAGAGCGCAUACAGAGGAUGCCAACACCAGGGGGAGGGGCUUAUUCGCUGAUCAAUUCGAGACAGAGGCCAAUUGGCAGGCGCAUUACCAAGGCACAGGCCCAGAGAUCUUUGAGCAGGUCAACGGCAAGCUGGAUGCAUUUGUCGCCGGCGCGGGCACUGGCGGUACAUUGUCUGGAGUCAGCAUGUUUCUGAAGUCGAGACUGCCUAUGAUUCGAUGCGUGCUUGCUGACCCUCAGGGCAGUGGCUUGUAUAACAAGGUCAAACAUGGCGUCAUGUUUCAUAGCCUAGAACGAGAGGGUACACGGCGAAGAGAUCAAGUUGACACGAUUGUUGAGGGCAUUGGGUUGACCCGCUCCACGAGAAAUUUCGAGGUUGGUCGGGACCUCGUCGAUGAUGCUAUCAAAGUCACAGACGCACAGGCCAAGCACAUGGCGCGAUGGCUGGUGGAGAAUGAUGGCAUCUUCAUUGGAAGCAGCAGUGCGGUAAAUUGCGUGGCGGCACUGGAAACGGCUCUUCAGCUGGGUCCAGGACAUUCAGUGGCAACAAUACUCUGCGAUUCGGGAAUGCGACAUCUCUCCAAAUUCUGGUCUCAGGUAGGAGGAAUUGGUGGGGAAGCUAAAACAACACUCGAGGACAUCCUUCAAGCUUGAAGCUUGAAUUUGGCCAAGGUGGCUUCCCUUAGUUUGUCCUGAUAUCGAACAAGUCGUCGUCCGAAUCUUCGGUCUUUACGAACACAGGUCCAGCUGAAGAAUUCGCAUGUCUGUCGCCUGCGACCCCCUGUUCUGCAACACCGCGUUUCGCCGUCAAACCCUGGACCGAGUGGCCCAUCUCCAGGAGCCAUAGCUCAGCGAGCUUGGCACCUACAUCGGUGUCCGAUCUCUUAAGCGCCUUGGUCAAACUUCCCAAGUCUCGAGUUGAUCGAUCACAGAGAUCGCAUAGCAUCUUUAUGUCGUCGUCCGUCCAAUCCUUCGAUGGCUGAUCCAUCUCGGCUGGCAUACGAUAUCGAUCAUAUGCAUCGCACAAUGCUGCCCCUACCUUACGAGUUCGCAGUGCUCCCACAUCAACAAUUUCAUCGAAACUCAGGCCGGCACCCUCGUGCAGCUCAACCAUGGUCCGAAAAUCCGACACAGUCAAUCGUGGCUUGCGAACACUACGGAUCUUUGUUCGUUGCCGAUAAUCCCGAAUGUAAUUCAUGUCGUGCACCCCGUCAUCCCCGUUUGCAUCAGCCUUUCGCACGAUUCUGGACCAGUGAUCGACAACACCACUGCGUGUUUUCCACUUUCUCUGACAAUAUGGGCAAUGCCCCGUUCUCAUGGAGCGCAGUUGCUCGUCUUCGUCUUCUGGUCGGACCCGCUUGAAAUUGGCCUCUUCAUAGGAACUACCGUCAGAAGUGUGUUCGUCCUGGGCACUGUCGACAUCAUGCUCGCUAGCAAAACCAUCCUGGAGGGGGUCCUCUGACUCUGCUCGGGUGUGCCUGGAAGAGCCCUUCAUUGGUGGCUUCCUGUUUUUUCGUUGAUUGGGUAUGGCCCACAGCGAUUUGCGCUUCUCUGGCGAUCUCUGGACCGAAAUUACUGGCGCUGGCGCUGGCGAUUGUGUAUGUUGCUGUGAGGUGAUUCCACGAGUGUCUGAUGCCUCAGGCGUGAUGCGAGGAGGAAUCACAUUGGAGGGAAUACGCCAAGCAGGUUCAAUAUGUGCCUCUGCUUGAUUCCUCGUCUCUUCGAUCAUUGUGAAAAUCUCCUGUCCUAUCUCUGGCCCAUACCUUGCAAGCAGACUACUAUGCCGCAAGUCCUCGUCAAGCUCGACGAUGGCGGGGGCCGGGAUGGGCUUGUUACUGUACAGAGCUUCAGGUAUCUGCCCCAGUCCAGAACGAAGUGGUGCAGGCUCUACACUUCCAAAAAGGGAAUCUGGACUUUCAGAACGAGACAUAUGUUGUUCUUCAAAAAGGGAAUCUGGGUCCGAUUCCGACACAAUGGGGUUUAAUUCGUACAUGCUGCUUCCUGAAGGGUGACCAUCUCGAGAGUCUGGUGGGGUGGCAAAAGGAGCCAGUGUGCACAAGUUGGUAGUUCCGAAUAGUUCUUCAUCGCUAUCCUCGGGAGGAGGUAGACCACCGUGGUCAUCGUCGUUUGGGAAGCUGGAGGCAAUUUCUUCGAUGCUCAGCAUCACAUCGUCUGCAGCUUCAUUGAAGUAAGGAUCGUCGAGGGCGUCUGUUUCGGUCAUGGCUCUUAAAAGGGCUCUGCCUUGAGGCGUAUCCAGGCCGAGAUCCAUUUCAUUUUCCAUUGCCUCAAGAUGUCCAUUAUUAACCACAACCUCGCC